AUGCUGUUCUGCCAUUCCCAGCCUGAGUCCUACCACCAGCACUCUGCUAGUUACAUUAGAGAGGCCUUGGCACCUUUCUUGAAAAACGAAGAAGCAAGGCUUAUGUCUGAAAAUGGUGCCAAGAGGACCCCGUUCCAGUACAGCCUGUGUGCAGCCACCUCACCGGCUGUGAAGCAGCAGGAGGAGAGUCUCACCUAUCUCAACCAAGGUCAGUCCUACGAAAUCCGUAUGCUAAACAGAAAACUAGUGGAGUAUACAGAUAUAAGCAGCAAAUAUGUAAAGAGCAUUGUGCGUGUGGUGUUUCAUGACCGCCGACUGCAGUAUAUGGAGCACCAGCAGCUGGAAGGGUGGAGGUGGAACAGACCUGGGGACAGAAUCUUGGAUAUAGAUAUCCCGCUGUCAGUGGGUAUAAUUGAGCCCCGAUCCCACCCUCUGCAUCUCAACACGAUUGAGUUCCUCUGGGAUCCUGUGAAGAAUGCUUCUGUUUUCCUCCAGGUCAACUGCAUCAGCACCGAGUUCACCCCCAGGAAGCAUGGCGGGGAGAAAGGCGUCCCCUUUCGUAUUCAGGUGGACACUUUCACCGCCAAUGAACACGGAGAAUACAUGGAACAUGUCCACUCCUCCAGCUGCCAGGUCAAAGUCUUCAAGCCCAAAGGAGCUGAUCGUAAGCUGAAGACAGACCGGGAGAAGAUUGAUAAAAAGACUCCUCAAGACAGAGAGAAGUAUCAGCUGUCCCACGAGACCACAGUGCUUAAAGAGUGUUCACCGUGGCCUGAUGCUCUAAACUUCACCAGCCACAGCAGCAGCAGCACUCCCUCACCAGUUUAUCACAGCUCCCCAACGCCUUGUAGUUUCCCUGAUGGCAACUGUUCUCCAAACCAGCAAGGGGAGCUGCUCAUGCCCGGCUGCUUUGAUCACCUUCUGCCAUCAUCCUCGCUGCAGGACACUCAGCAGUGGCUGCAACAUCACAGGUUCUCGCCUUUCUCACGGCUCUUCUCCAGCUUCUCAGGUGCCGAUCUGUUGAGGAUGAGCAAGGAGGAUUUGGUCCAGAUCUGUGGCCCUGCCGAUGGUAUUCGCCUUUUUAACACCAUGAAAGGAAGGUGUAUACAGCCUCGUCUGACCAUCUACGUGUGUCAGCAGCAGGCCAGGAGUCAGCCUCCUGUUAAACCGGGCGGAGGAGAUAUCUAUCAUGCUCUAUACCUGGAGAAGCUCACACUAAUGGACCUGUCAGAAAAGAUUGCUUUACUGUACAGCAUCACUCCACAGCAAAUAACACACAUCUACAGACAGAAACCCAGCGGGAUCCAUGUCAUAGUGUCCAACGAGAUGGUGCAGAACUUCAAAGAGGAAACCAGCUUCAUCCUCAGCACGAUAAGAGAUGGUACCACAGACGGCUAUCAUGUUGUGUUGAAAUGACCAAGAGUAGCCCCGCAGGCCUAAUGUUUCAUUAGUGGAAUAGUUAAGAUUAUAUUUAAGUCAUUCUAGACUACAGUAUGUGAUAAAGAAGGAUUUACAGUCCAGUCAAAUGAUGCUGACGGAGACCUUUCAGUAUUGGUAAAUCUGAGCCCCGUCUUCCAAUAUUUUGAAAGUAAUCUAACCAAAGUAAGAACAUUAAAAGGACUUGUUUUGGCCUCUAACAGUCUCAGAUUUUACUUUUAGGUGUCUGAAAACUUUACAUAAAGGAUCCACCCAGAGGGAGACUAUUUUUAAAAGAUGCUUUUAUAACCAGAAACUAGAAGACACUUAACAGAUCAAGGCAGAGGCAGACGAGCAAAUCAGUGAUUUUAUUCAUGGUGUCUGGUAUCUUUGAAGAGAGCAACAUCAUGGCUGUUUCUGGUUUAAAAGCAGCUCUUAUUCUUUUUAAGAAGGUCUACCUCUGUUAAAACGCUCUCUGUGAUUGUCAUUCAGUUUUGAUAACAGGUGGAGCUUGUCAUUUGAAAAACAAGAACUUUUAUUGGACGUACUCUGAACCCAUACCUUGGCUGGUGCAUUAGGCGCUCAAGGCUUCUGGCUUCAAGCAGCCAACUGCAGCAACCCCAAAACUUUUUUCUGUUGUAUGCAUCAUGAGUUUUAAAAAUGUCCCUAAACCUUACUUUUAAUGUUUAAGUUUAAUCCUACUUUCUCUUGUCGCAGGGUUACUGAUGUUACUGAUUCAUGUUCAACAUGCUUUUUCAAUAAGUAAUAAAUGUGAACAGAUCUUUAUCACUCUUUAUAUUUUCUCAAGUUUUUUGCUCAUUAAAAAUCAUUAAUGCAAAUUUAUAAGGUUAAUAAAAGUGAAAUGCAAAUAAUUAGAAGAAAAUGAACAAACUGUAUGAUGUGGUUUUAUGUAAAGCAAUGUUUAUUUCAUGCCUGUCACUCAUGUGAAAUGCUGUGUGUAUUCUUUUUUCUGAGACUGCAGGAGGAUCCUUCUGUCAUGGCUCUGUAAUCUAAAUA